AAAUCUGGUUUCAAGUUCAAAAUAAGUUGUUUUCGGACAUCAUAUCGAGAAUUUAACAUCCCUUAUGUACAGGAGAAUUUAUCUAUUUCUAGUCUAUAUUGCAGAGUGCUGACCAAUCCUGUUGGAACUUCUGAAGCAAGCAGUCUGCGACUGCAAUUUUUUACCAAAUUACCAGCCACCAUCUUCACUAGCUGUCAGAUAGAAGCCGAGGAUGGUACUCCUCUCUGGAUUGAACUAGUUGAUGGAAGGACUAGUGAAAGGGUAACAAGUGGCACCCUAUCUUCAAUGAAAAUCGAAAUCGUCGUCCUUAACGGCGAUUUCGGGUCGGACGAGGGAGAGGAUUGGACAGAAAAGGAAUUCAAUUGCAGUAUCAUUCAUGCAAGGGAAGGGAAAAGGCCAUUGAUAACCGGGGAGCUGACUGUGGUGUUGGAAGGAGGAAUUGGUUGUCUCCGUAAUUUAAUCAUCACCGACAACUCGAGCUGGAUGAGAAGUCGGAAAUUCAGGUUAGGAGCUCGAGCUAUUCAAGCAGAAAUAAGAAUAAGGGAAGCGAGAAGUGAAACUUUUGUCGUUAAAGAUCAUAGAGGAGAGUUGACCAAGAAGCACCACCCUCCAUCUCUGAGCGAUGAAGUGUGGCGUUUAGAGAAAAUAGCCAAAGAUGGCGCUCUACACAAGCGCAUGACUUUGAGAGGAAUUAACACUGUUCAAGAUUUCCUCCAGCUGUAUGAAGCCGAUGCAUUUUCUCUAAGAAACGUACUUGGCUCUGGGAUCACCAAGCGGACAUGGGAGACAAUUGUCGGACAUGCCAGCACCUGUGUGGUUGAUGAUAACAAGAUGUACACUUACUACCAAGCUUUGAAUAAGGCCAGUAUACUGUUCAACUCGGUAAUGAAAGUUGCUCAUGCAACAUUCCACGGCCAAACUUGCCAGUCUCUAAGCAAAUUGACCCACUCUCAGAAGAUUUUGGUGCAGAACUUGAAAAGGCAAGCUUACAAUAACAAGAAUCAAUGGGUGCUGCUCGAUGCCCCACCCAGCAUCACUCCUCUGAGAGCCCUGACCAUCUUGCCUACAGGGCCGUCAAUUGGCCUGAGCCCGCCUCUGCACCAUCUAGAUUUCACAGAGCUAAUCCAAGAGAACAGACAACCAGAUUGUCUAGGGCCACAGGGUCACGUUACCGCGAAAAUCUUUAAUCCCACCAUGGCAAACACCUUAGCAAGGCAGGACUUCUCAGCCAGAUUUAGUGCGGUCGAAAGCAGUCAUCAUCCUGGUUACUCACGAGGACCGUUUAUGCCGAACAUCCAUCUAAAUCCUGAGGACCUUUUUAAAGUGCCAUCGCCGAUCCCUGGCAAUUUGAUGUGGACACCAGAGCAUACUUUUGUCAUUGAAUCAAGCAGUAGGGCAGAUUUUGGGAUCUGUCCAUCUCGCACAGGUUCUGGAGUCCACAAAUCUAGGAUUUCAAGGCCCAAGGUGGCAUGGUGCAAGAUCCGUGCCGUGGUGAAGUGGGGAUCGGUCCGGCGCGUGGUGGCUGCAAAGAGAACAGCAAUGUUCAACUUUGCGCUUUAUUAA